UCCAGGGAUUGGUUUCAGGGCUAAGCUGCCAUGAGUCUCGGGAGCCGCGGGCGGCCCCGACAGCGACCCGGGGAUCGGGGCCUCAUGCAGUCACCCUCUCUUUCCAAGCGCCGCCUGAUACCGCGAGUGCGGCUCCUGCCUCUGCUGCUGUUUGCGCUGGCCCUGGGCUUGGCUUUCUACAUCGUCUGGAACGGCUGGCACCCUGGGGUUCAGGAGCUGUCACGGAACCGGGAUCUGCGGGCCGCGCUGAUUGGAAGCCUUCCAGAAGCCAAGCUGCGGAGGGUGGUAGGGCAGCUGGAUCCGCAGCGUCUCUGGGGAACUUUCCUGCGUCCCCUGUUGGUUGUGCGACCCCCGGGUAGUCCUGGCAAUCUCCAAGUGAGAAAGUUCCUAGAGGCCACGUUGCGAUCCCUGUCAGCAGGCUGGCAUGUGGAACUGGACCCUUUCACAGCUUCAACACCCUUGGGGCCACUGGACUUCGGGAACGUGGUGGCCACGCUUGACCCGGGAGCUGCCCGGCACCUCACCCUUGCCUGCCAUUAUGACUCUAAGUUCUUCCCUCCUGGGUCGCCCCCCUUUGUGGGGGCCACAGAUUCAGCUGUUCCCUGUGCCCUGCUUCUGGAGCUAGUCCAGGCCUUCGAUGUGAUGCUGAGCAGAGUCAAGCAGCAGGCAGCACCGGUGACCCUACAGCUGCUCUUCUUGGAUGGGGAGGAGGCACUGAAGGAGUGGGGACCACGGGACUCCCUUUAUGGUUCCCGGCACUUAGCUCAGAUCAUGGAGUCUAUACCACACAGCCCUGGCCCCACUAGGAUCCAGGCUAUUGAACUCUUUGUCCUUCUUGAUCUUCUGGGAGCGCCCAGUCCAAUCUUCUUCAGCCACUUCCCCCGCACAGCCCGCUGGUUCCAACGACUAAGGAGCAUUGAGAAGCGCCUUCACCGUCUGAACCUGCUGCAGUCUCAUCCACAGGAAGUGAUGUACUUCCAACCGGGAGAGCCCCCUGGCCCUGUGGAAGAUGACCACAUCCCCUUCCUCCGCAGAGGGGUCCCCGUGCUCCACCUCAUCGCCACGCCCUUCCCUGCUGUGUGGCACACACCUGCUGACACCGAGGCCAACCUUCACCCGCCCACUGUGCACAACCUGAGCCGCAUCCUCGCCGUGUUCCUGGCUGAGUACCUGGGACUCUAGCCUGCAGACUGAUACCUUGGAAGGAUCUUAUACCGAGCUGGGGACAUGACAGGGGCACCUUGAGUAGUGCAGGGUAGCCAGGCUCACCUCAGGUGUCUGCUACAACCAUCUCAAGUUACUGCAUUUCAAGGACAUGCUAGGAACACUGAGGGUAUGAGACUGUCAAAGGAACAGUUUUGGCUUCUGACCUGAAGUAAAUGGACUUGUCUGAAAGUUCCCAGGGACCAAAUGUGUCAUGGGCUGGCACCUGGACCAGCACCACCAACCAAAUGAAUCCUGUGUGGCUAAUGUUUUAUGUCAGUUCAUUAGUCAGAAUGGCAGCCUUGCUACUGCAUGGACCCAGUUCUGUUCUGACUCUCACAUGGGCAUGGGCCUGAGGACAGCAAUGAAGACUCAUGGGACUGAGCUUAGAGCUCCACGUUCUGCUUGACCCAGGGAUUAAGGGGGAAGAAAGGCCACAGUUUCCACUGGGAAAUGACAUUCAAUGAGUUUCCUCACUCAGAAGGUGAGAUCUUCCUGGCUUAGAAUGAAGUGGUUCUCGAAGUAUCUCACAUUGGAACCCCUUUAUGAGGAGGUAUUUCAAAUGAAGUUGCCUCAGAUGAUAUUUUGGGAAGACUGGGUUUGAGACUGGGAAUGGAUUGAACAGACUACACCCCCUAAAUCCAGUCAACCCCAGAGCACCAUUUCCUUUUGUAGAAUAAGCUUGCCAUAGAUCUGCCUGCCUCCACCUCCACUGGGAUUAAAAGUACAAGUCACCAUAUCCAGCACUAUUUUUAAGAAAAGAUCUAACUGUAUAGCUCUGACUUCCCUGGAACUGUGCAGUCCUGAGUGCUAGUAUAACAGGUUUGUUUCUUCCUCGCUCUAGCCAGUCAAGAGUGGUUUACCAAGUCCAUGUAAAUAAACAGGCUUCCAAGACCCCCCCAAACCCGAUGAACCAGCACCAAUCGGAAUAACCAGAGUGUGUGUCUGGGAGUUCACUCACCUUUAAUCCCACCACUCAGGAGGCAGGGACAGCUGGACCUCUGAGUUCAAGCCAGCCCUAUCUACAGAAAAACCCAAAAUACAGAAAUGUAAUAAACGUUUGUGGGAAUCUCA